UGUUUACCUGUGUGAGCUUGCUAAUUAAUGAUCUUCUCAAUUCAUCAUGCACAUUGGCCAGGCAGAAGCUCCUGAACUGCUUUUUUUUUUUUUCAGAAUGUAUUUUCCUGCGUUUUUUUCCCUUUCAGCCAAAGUGACAUGUAAAUCUCUUGGCAGCGUUUAGUUACAAGUGACCUGGGGUCCUCAGAGGAUUUAAACUUCUGUGAGAGGGAAUAAAAGUGUUACAUUGAUGGACUAUAAUGGGAAGUGUGGGUAGAUUUCUUACAGACUGCAAUGAAAUAAUGGCUUUUAUCGUGUAUAGUUUUGUCUGUAGAAUAAUAAAUGAUAGCUGAAUAAGUAGUAGUUGGGAGGAGGUUUAUACAGUUGUUAUAAAUUUAAUCUAUGUAGACAAGGAGGAGAUGGCCUAUAAAGAGUUCAAGCCCUGGUAUGUAACACUUGCAGCCUAAAUUUUCAUUCAGGUGUUAGCAGUUUGUCAAAAUUCAUGAAGUUGGAUCCUGAAUUAAGAUAUUUUAUCCAAGGCUAUGAAAACUUUCAGCAGGGGAUUUUCAUGUUGGAGUUGUUUUAACUUUGUGACCUGAGCUUGUUUUAAACUUAAAGCUGAACCCUGUGCAAGCUAAUGGGGUUGAUUUCAUCCCUCAGUGGCCAUGUGGCACAGACAGAGUGUGGAGAAUUUGGAUCCAGGGCCAUUCCAGCCAAAAACUGUUCAAAACUUGUAACUGUUCCUCAGAGCUUGUCCCGUCACUGAGCAUCAGUGUGGAGAUUGAUUAUUUUCAGACACCUGUGCAGGCAGAAAUUCUGCUUCACAUGAAUCCCUUGGCUGAAGUUUGUGUCAGUUUUAGGUAUGAUGAUGCUGUAAUUUAAGCUGCUCGCUGACUGUGGCUGUUUGGGGACAUGAGGAAAAACCCCUGGGUGCAGGAAUGGAAAAUAAUCCAGGCAACGGAAACAAUCUGUUCUUACUGCCUUCUGUGCAGGUCAGAGAUUGCUGGGGAGAGGAUCAGAAACCUGUCGUGGUUUUCUGUUGAGCUGUGUUCUUUGUGUGGAGAGCAGGGAAGGUUGACUCCUCACUGCACUGUGAAAACCAUUAGGAAAAAGUCCUUGGGGUUAAAACCUGGGGCUCCACAGUUACCUGCACUUGGGUCUAGAAAUUAAUUUAAAUGUCGACUGAUCUGUCUGAAGCUGAACCCGUGCAUCAUAAGGCGCUUCCACUCUUAACGGGAGCUCAGCUGAUCCACACGGACAAGUUAAGUGAGAAAGUGGAAGACGACACGAUGCCAAUCCGCCGCUCGGUGAACGCUUCUUCCCGAGAAACCCCUCCCAAAAGCAAACCUGCAGAAGGGGAAGAGGUCAAAGCAGAUGCAGAAGCCACCUCUGAGGAAUCUGCCUCUGUUGGAGAGGAGCAAGAGACUGAAACCCUGCCUGCUGCACCCAGUGAAGCAGAACAGCCAAAGGAACCUGAGAAUGAAGGGAAGGAGGAAACAAAGUCCUCAGAAGAAACCAAAAAGGAAGAGAAGGACCAGACCAAGGAGAAGGAGAAGAAGGUGAAGAAGACCAUCCCUGCGUGGGCCACGCUCUCUGCCAGCCAGCUGGCUCGGGCACAGAAGCAGACUCAGAUGGCAGCCACCUCCCGGCCCAAAAUGGAUGCCAUUUUAACCGAGGCCAUCAAGGCCUGCUUUCAGAAGAGCGGUGCCUCGGUCGUUGCAAUACGGAAAUACAUCAUCCACAAAUACCCUUCCCUGGAGCUGGAGAGGAGGGGAUACCUCCUGAAGCAAGCACUGAAAAGGGAGCUGGAGAGGGGAAUCAUUAGGCAGGUGAAAGGAAAGGGAGCUUCUGGCAGCUUUGUGGUGGUGUCUAAUGCAGGAAAAACUGUUCCAAAAUCCAGAGACAGAAAGAAAAGCACUUCAGCCCUGAGCACAGAGCAGCAGGUGAAGCUGGAGGAUGUCCUGCCACUGGCCUUCACCCGCCUGUGUGAGCCCAAGGAAGCUUCUUACAGCCUGAUCAAGAAAUACGUGUCUCAGUACUACCCCAAACUCAAAGUAGAUAUAAGACCCCAGCUGCUGAAGAACGCCCUGCAGAGAGCUGUAGAGAAGGGCCAGUUAGAGCAGAUCACAGGGAAGGGAGCAUCUGGGACAUUCCAGCUGAAGAAAUCAGGGGAGAAGCCCCUGCUGGGUGGGACUCUGAUGGAAGAUGCCAUCCUGUCUGCUAUUGCGGCCAUGAACGAACCGAAGACCUGCUCCACCACAGCGCUGAAGAAGUAUAUCCUGGAAAAUUACCCAGGGACCAACUCCAACUUGCAGGUGCAUCUACUGAAGAGAACCCUGCAGAAAUGUGAGAAGAAUGGCUGGAUGGAGCAAAUUUCUGGGAAAGGCUUCAGUGGAACCUUUCAACUUUGCUUCCCUUAUUAUCCCAGCCCAGAUGUGCUCUAUCCAGAGAAGCAGCAGGAUGAGGAUUCUGAGGAAUCUGAUGAGGAAGAAGAGGAAGAAUCUGAGGAGGAAGAAGAAUCUGAAGAGGAAGAGUCUGAGGAGGAAGAGCCACCACCAAAGAAGAGGAUGCAGAAGAGACCACCCCCCAAGUCCCGGAGCAGGGCCCCUCCGAUGAAGCGAAGAGAGUCCAAACCCAAGCCAAGGAAAACCCCCACCGCCCGCCGGGGCAAAGCAAAGCCCCCUCCCAAGGUCAAAACCCCUGCUAAGAAAGCCAAACCAGCAGCCCCAGCCAUCAAGAAAGCCUCCAGUGGCAGCUCUUCCAAGAAACCAGCAGCCAGUGGGAGGAAGGAAGUGAAACCCUCUGCCAAGGGCAAAUCCACCAUGAGGAAAUCUCUCCGGGCAAAAAAGUAAAAUGUUUCUGAUGUCAGGGAAUCCCAUGGUCAAAUCCACAAUCUUGUUUUAUAAGUCAACGUGCAUUUGUAUUUUAGUUAUGAUGCUUAAACACUUCUUUAAUUUUUUUUAAUUUUUUUUCUUGAACGAUGGGGAAAAGCUGAAAACUAAAUCAAACCAACCCGAGCAUUCAUUAGAUCUUGAUGCUGUGCCUCGUGCCUGCCCCUCCCCUGGAACGAGUCAUCUUUACUUUCUGCAAUAAUUUUAGGACUUUUCUAGGACGUCUCUAAUCUGUACAUUUAUGGUAUUCCACGUGGGUUUUGGGGGGGAGGGUUGGCUUUUAAAACAAUUCUUCAGAGAAGAUCUUUAUACCUUUAGACAGCAGGAACAGGAUGAUCAGGGGAAUGUGAUUCUUUACUGAGAAGGUGCCGUGGCAGAGGAGUCCUCCCCAGAUCCCUGCAUGCUGAGGUCCUUGGUGCUCCCGUGAGGGAGCUGUGUACAGACAGCACUUGCACUGAGCCCCGAGGUGCUGCUCUCCUCACCACAGGCCCAGGGCUGGCUGCUGAGUCGGAUCCUUGGUGUCCCUGAGGGUCUGGUGCCAGAGGGGCUCCCAAAGGGGCAGCUCUCGGUUAGGCGGGUGAUUUGAAUUAGUGUUUCCACACCACAUCUGUUACCUUAAAACCAAAAUAUAUCAAAGUCUUCUUGAAUCCAACUUUCAAAUGUUUUUAAGAGAUGAAAAGCCUGAGUUUGUCACCUCUUGUUUACCCUUUUUUAAAGAGAAGUUGGAGAGCUAUACAAUUGCUAAUGUAGAGAUGUUGAUAAGUGAAGAACAUGCGGUUUGCUAAAAUAAAAUGAAACUAGAUUCCA